ACUUCAUUUUUUUGUGGUGUCCUUUGAAGCAGUUUUUAAUUUUAAUGAAAUUUAUCUUUGUUUUGUUGUUGCUUGGAUUUAUUCCCUCUGGCCCUGACACUGAUUCAUUAGGUUUACUAUUUAAGCCUCGUGACUCCCGGACCCCUCUCCCCUGGCAGGAUUGUUUGGAGCCUCCAUCACUAUAUGGUUCUGAACUGAACCUGGUGGGCUCCAGGAGGCAGCCACAUACACGAGGGGAGUUGCCUUCAUUGGAUCUUUGUUCAGAAUCUAAACAGGUGCUCAAUGAACCUUGUGAAGGAAAUGAGGAAAAGUGUUUCACUUAACUGACACCAUCUUCCUUCCCACCCUAUUCCACCCAACGAAGAAGGACACAGCUGGCUCUGAGAGCCGAUGCUGGGGCGCUGGUCUGGGCCUGGUGGGGAGAGAUGCAGAGGACCAGCCAUGGCCCCUGGGAGAGAACAGCUCUGAGAAGGGGAAGGGGAAUCUGAGGGGUGGGUAGGUCCGAGAGAAGGUACUAUGCUGGGCAGCAGGGGGGUGGGGGAGACCAGAUGAAUGAGGGAGGGAGUGUGGCUUCGAGGAGACCAGUUGUCCAGGUCCGGCCCAGCCCUGGUGCUAAGGGAGCUGCUUGUUCUCCCUAUGAAACAGCUCCCCACAGUCCUGUGUGUCCACCCACUGGAAGGAGCCUCACCUGUCUACCAACUCUGAAUACCUAGGAUUUGAGGUUCAGGAGAAGCCUCGAAGAUGUCUAAUGACCCACCCCCUCCUUAUCCUGGAGGCCCCACAGCCCCCCUCCUGGAGGAGAAAAGUGGAGCCCUGCCAACCCCAGGCCAAACCUCCCCUGCUGUGAUGCAGCCCUCAGCAGGCAUGUCACUGCCUCCUGCAGACGUUGGCCCCCCACCUUAUGAGCCACCUGGUCACCCAGUGCCCCAGCCUGGCUUCAUCCCUCCACAUGUGAAUGCAGAUGGAGCCUACAUGCCUCCGGGUUUCUACCCUCCUCCAGGUCCCCAUCCACCCAUGGGCUAUUACCCGCCAGGGCCCUACCCGCCAGGGCCCUACCCACCAGGGCCCUACCCUGGUCCUGGCGGACACACAGCCACGGUCCUGGUCCCUUCAGGGGCUGCCACUACGGUGACAGUGCUGCAGGGAGAGAUCUUUGAGGGUGCACCUGUGCAGACAGUGUGUCCCCACUGCCAGCAGGCCAUCACCACCAAGAUCUCCUACGAGAUUGGCCUGAUGAACUUCGUGCUGGGCUUCUUUUGCUGCUUCAUGGGGUGUGAUCUGGGCUGCUGCUUGAUCCCCUGCCUCAUCAACGACUUCAAGGAUGUGACGCACACGUGCCCCAGUUGCAAAGCCUACAUCUACACGUACAAGCGCCUGUGCUAACGGAGCCUGGACUGGACUCCCGCUGUCAGUCUGGACUCCUGUGCUUUGCUCCCUACACUCAGUGGCUCUGUCCCCACUCCCGCUUGGGGGUGGCAGGUGUUCCACCAGUCCCCUGGAACUCUUGUCUUCUUUGCCUUGCCCUUCCCUGAGCAUCUGACCUCCGGCAAAAUUGUUGGAUUUAAGGCCAAGGGUCAGCAAGUGGCAGGGAGCUGGCACUGAGCAUGUAUGUUGCUGGUUUGCUUGGUGUUUGAUUAGGAAGAUACACUGGGAAAGGUCUCUACUGGGGUCUCACUCCUCUGUUCUUAUAUGAGGUAUAAGUUUGGUCCUUAUUUCGUGGGGCCAGAAGCACCCAGAGCAAUGGCUAGUUUUCCAGACCUGGGCCUACAGUGGGGCUGUGCCUGUAGCCACAGUUUCUAAUCUGCUGGGCCAAGAGUGGGGACGUGAACCC